UGCCGUCCCGUUCGGUAAUCGUUCGGCUCGAUCCGCUCGGAAUCGGUUGCGAUGGGGGAAGAAGGAUCUAACGCAACCGUACCGAGGCUCAGAUUCAGUUUCAGUCAGUCUGUCAAUUCCGCCCACAUCACAUGCACCACCGAGACGCGAUGGAUUUUGUGUGUCCCGUGAGUGUGUUCCUGCCCGCAAGAAAGCCUCCCGCCAAGGUGCUCUCCCGAUCAAAGUCCCUCGAUCAACCGCCGCCAAUGGUCAGUGUGGAGGAAGAUGGUGCAAUUGGCGAGUCAAGCGAUCAGACAAAACAGCCUGAAAGUAGUCGAAAGUCGAGCAGUGCCAGCAGCUCCAAAGCGGGUUCCUCCUCUUCGUCCGGCUCUGGGUCAUCGUCGAGGAAAAAGACCGAUCCGAAAAAGGAGGUGGUUCAGGAAAAGCGCAAAAGAAACAGUAUUUUCACGCUCUUUCCCAGCGUGCAGUGGAAGCCGACGGUGGAGGAGAACAUUUCCGUGCCGGUACAGUACUGCGAUUGGAUGGAACCGUUUAGUUGUGAGGGGAAGUUCACCGCACGCUACGAUCUGCUGCCGAUGGAGUUGAUCCUGAAGAUCUUCAAGCAGCUGAACUACAGCGAUCGGCUAGCGGCCAGCGAGGCCUGCCGGCGGUGGUUCGAGGCGGCUCACUACUACGAACCGUUCCAGCGCCAGAUGUACUUCAACUUCGAUCGGAUCGAGUUCAACGAUGAGGAGGGGCCGAUUAAAUACUUUUCGCAGCCCAUGCGAACGUACCCGUACUUGUCCUUUACGUUCGUGGAGUUUACCAAGCAUAGUGACUUUUGGCUGAACAACGGGAUGUACAUACGGGAGCUAACGCUGCGCUGUUGUUUGAUACGGAAGAAGAAGUUUAUCACGAUCAUGAAGAACCUGCCCGUGCUCGAGCGGCUCGAGCUGAUGCAGUGCGACGAGCUGUUCAAGCACUGGACGCUGGACUACAGCACGGACGAGCCGAUGUUCCCGUUCACGCUGCCCCACCUGAAGCAUCUUUCGCUGGCAGCGUGUGACUACUACAACGAGUAUCACUUUGAGCGGUUCAUUGAGGCGGCGCCGGCACUGGAAUCGAUCGAUGUGUCAAACUGCUUCAUCAACCUGUAUCUCUCCCGGCGCAUGACGAUGAUAUCGCGCGUCAUGCGCUUGGUGAGCAAAAAUCGGAACAUUAUGAAGGCACUCAACAUCAGUGACAUUCCGUGCUUUGAUGAUGUCGCCUGGCAUCUGCUGGCGGAGAUGAGUGGCCUCUACCUGACGCACUUUACCGUCACGUACACCGAUCGUAUACCGCUGAAGGAUCCGGGGAUAUUGAAGUUCUUCAGCGUACAGACGCGGCUCACGCAUCUCGAUCUAACCUCGUCGAUCGGGGUGAACGAUAUCUGUCUGCAGCUGAUCGUGGAAAGCUGUCCACUGUUGGAGGUGUUGAAGCUGCGGCGCUGUUGGUUGCUGUCGGAUGAAGGGGUGCAGGAUUUGCACACGCUGAAGCAUCUGCGCGUGCUGGACGUGUCGAGCUGUGAGCGUAUCUCGGACUAUGGGAUGCGCGUAGGGAUUAUUGGGAAGCGUCCGCGCCAGGUGGAUGAGGCGUACUUCUCGCUGCUGUGCACGCUGAGCGACUACACGAUGUACUAUCUGGUGCUGAUGUUCAAGAACCUGCAGGUGCUCGAUCUGGAUAGUAAUGCGACGAUUACGGAUACGUCGCUACAGUAUCUGUGCUGCUACUCGCAGGAUCUACGCAAUCUUAACCUUCAAUCCUGUGCAAAGCUCGUGGUGCAGAUCUUCAAGUACCUCUCGACGAGCGAUCGCCGAUCGGCCUCGUACGUCUGCAGCCGCUGGUAUGAAGCAUCCAAGUACUGCCGGUUUGCCGAGCAGAUGGUCCUACACCUGAUAGGUGUCGAUUUCGAUGACUUCAAGCCGCCUGUGAUGAACCUGAUCCUCGCCGAUCGCAAAUACCCACUAAUCAAGCUGUCCCGCGUCAAGCUGAACGUGUACAGCAAGUUCUGGGAAAACUAUGGCCCGUUCGUGCGCGAGAUCACGUUCGAGAAGUGUAUGAUCUGGCGGGAGCGAGUGAUCUCACUGUUUAAGCACAUGCCCAACCUGCGCGUCGCACGCUUCGUGGAGUGUGAUCUGCUCCGGGAUGAUCUCUUCCGGACGUGGAAAUUCUUCGACAACGGUCUGUACACGAUCGACUUCCCGGGCGUGGAGACACUCUCGCUGGCGAAGAACAACUUCAGCCAGCUACAGUUCGAGUCGAUGGUAGAGAUGAUGCCGAAUCUGACGCGGAUCGACUUUUCCAACUGCUUCCGGCAGGUGGAGACGGGUCGCAAGAUGUUCCUACUGAGCUGCAUACAGAAGUUUAUCGUGCGACGGCAGUACGUACUGCGAGCGAUCAACAUUAGUGGCAUUCCGGUGGAUGAUAUCUUUUUGCGGGGUUUAGCGGACGCGGAAGGAUUGCUGCUGGAUGAGCUAAGCCUAACGUAUCUGGAGAAAAUGCCCACCCGUCUGCCAGCGAUCGUCGAUCUGUUUCGAAGGCAAACGAAUCUGCGCUUCCUGGACGUAACAGGCUCGAAUGGCAUCACCGACUACUGUGUCGAACAGAUCGUACGCCACAUAGCCGGGCUGCAGGUGGUUGUAAUGACCGGCUGCUGGGGCAUUUCGGACUACGGCAUUCGGCAAGUGUUUCGGCUGCAGCAGCUCGAAUCGCUCAACCUUUCCAACUGCAUCCGCAUGUCCAAGCAUGGCAUCAUCGAUGGGGCCGCGUUCAGCAAUCGUGCGAUCGUGAAGGAGCUGCACCUCGAGCUGCUCGAUACGCUCGACGAGGAGUGUGUGGUGAAGAUAGGGGCAAACUUUCCCAACCUGACCGUGCUGAACAUUGGCGGCUCGUCGACCUGCAUGACCGACUGGUCGGCCCAGUACAUCUUCUGCAAUCUGGUCAAUCUGGAGCAUUUAAACAUUGAGCGCAGCACAAAGCUGACGGAUGCGGGCUUUACCGGGAUCGAUCUGCCGGAGAAAACGUUCUCGAUCUGGGACGUGGAGGAAACGUUCGCGAUCGAUCGGUUGAAGAAGCUGCGCGUGCUGAAGGUGUCCGGGUGUUAUCGUAUGACGGAUUUCGCGCUGCGCUACGGCUUCCGAUUUAACGAGCUGAAGGAGCUUAGCUUAUCCCGGUGUCAUCAGAUUUCAGAAGCUGGCGUUGAACGAUUAGUAUCAACCUGUCCGACGUUAGAGUAUCUCGAUCUCAGCGAGUGUCCCAACAUCAACGACAACUGUGUGAAAAUGAUCGCGAUUCAGCUGAAGCGUAUCAGCACCCUUAAGUUGGCCAACUGCCCGCUGCUGACGGAGAUAUGUCUACACUAUUUGGUGACGUUCUGCAAAAACUUGAAGUAUCUGUACGUAAGAGGAUGCUUUAAGCUGCCACCGGACAUUGCGGAACGUCUUUCCAAGAUACCCACCUUGAGACAGGUGUACAAGUCGUAGGGCGAUAAUUUUAAGAUCAUAUUUAAUCUCUAAUGAAAUAAUGACCAAACAUAUUUUAACCCAAUAAAAUAGCUUUAAAAGAAGGUGAUCGUGAAUUCAAAA